AUGACUUUCACACCUCUACCAGCCUAUCGUGAUACACCUGAGCAACUUUCAGCAUUGCUCGAUUCUUUGGAAACGGGUGCAACGAAUAUGAACAAACUGGAAUUUAGCUGCAAGAAACACACAAACACAGUCCAUGGAGUUGAUAUCGACUCUUGGAAAAUCAAUGAAUGGGAUUACUAUCUGUCUAAAACUCUUCCUAUAUAUGCUAGAGGACUCUUCACUACUGGAGGGUUGGAAGAACAACCUCGGAUAGCUGUUCGUGGGUAUAAUAAGUUUUUCAACUUGGGUGAGAAGGGGGCUAUACAAAGAAAUGCACUUGAUGAACAUCUUAAAGGACCUUUUUAUCUUUCAUUGAAGGAGAACGGAUGUAUUGUAUUUAUAAGUGCCUUGGAAACAGGAGAAUUAUUAUGUUGUUCUAAGCAUUCCAUUGGGUAUAGGAAAGAUGUAUCUUAUAAAAACCAUGCCUUAGAAGGGGAAGCGCAAUUGCUUAAGCAAUUGAAGAGAUGUAACAUUGAACCCACAGAGUUAGGAAAGAAGCUUUUUGAGCUUAACAUUACGUUGGUAGCUGAGCUAUGUGAUGACGAAUUUGAAGAGCAUGUAUUGAGAUACUCUAAGGAAGAUCUGGGAUUAUAUUUGCAUGGGUUGGUUUUUAAUACCAUCGAGUUCAAGACAUACCCCAUGGAACAAGUGGAAGCAUUUGCUACAGAAUGGGGGUUUAAGUCUGUUCGAUAUGUAACUCUCGAUACCGUGGAGCAGACGUUACAACUUCUAGAUGAGUGUGCUAAAACUGGAACUUAUAACGGAAGAGAAGCUGAAGGGUUUGUCAUCCGGUGUUAUCGCAAGGAAGAUCUGAGUGACUAUUUCUUCAAAUUCAAGUUUAAGGAGCCAUAUUUGUUCUACCGUCAAUUGAGAGAAGUAGCAAAGAAGUUAUGGCUUUCUGACACACCCAUACAUAAGAUCAUGGUUAAUGUUAAGGUUCACAAGGCCUUGACGCUAAAAUAUUUGGAGUAUCUCAAUGGAUUAGACGACCCUGAGUUGAAGGAACAGUUUAAGCAGAAUAAGGGGAUCAUCAAGAUUAGAGAAAUGUUUUUUGAAAGCAUUUCGUCUUCUAAGAAGAGAUUAGGACACCAGAUUCUCUCUUCCUUUGACGAGUUGGAGCAGGAGAUGUCCAAACUUGAGAUCACAGAGCACACUAAGUACGCCUUGGUCCCCAUUGCGACUGUAGGAUGCGGUAAGACCACUGUAUUCCAUACUUUAAAGGCGCUCUACCCUUCUGUGGUGGGCCACAUCCAGAACGAUAACUUGGGAAGAAAGGCCAAGAAGCAGUUGGUGGGCAUAUGUCUCCAGGAGUUGGCUCUGGGGAAACAGGUUGUCUGUGUGGACAAGAACAACCAGGAGAAGUUGCACCGGGUCAAGCUUUUCAACGACAUUGAGCAGAUGAAGCAAGACUACUUGGGAACGUCAACGUCGCUCAAGGUCAUAGCGUUAGACUUCACGUCGCAGCUCUCACGAGAGGAGUUGAGUGUCUUGACGAUGGAGAGAGUGGCCAAGAGAGGGAACAACCAUCAAAUGCUCAAGUACGAAGAGAACGCAGAGCAAGUCAAGGGGAUCUUGAAUAGGUUCGUCAAGUCGUUGCAGCCGUUGGACGUUUCCAGAAAGCCAGACAUGCUUUUUGACGAGGUGAUCCUGUUGGAUCCCAGAGCAGGGUCCUUGGAUAGUGUGAAUAGACUUGUCAGUCGAUUGGCUGAGCUCAUACCGGAGUUACCCAAGAAAACACCGCGGGAGAUAGAGGCUCGGUAUCGUGAGCUGAGGCAGAUGAAGGUUGGGCGAGACGCUGUCCUAGAAGAUGAGGCAAAGAAGGAAGAAAUGAGGGCCCAGAGCAAGAAAGAGAAGAAGAAGAAGAAGAAAGAGCAGCAACACCAACAACAAACAGAGUCAACUGAUAAACAGAAAUCUUCAAAGCCAAAGCCCAAAAAUGUCAUGUUUGUGGGGAUCAAAGUACCCAGGGGAAUACUUUUACCGUUACUCGAGAAGGCCUUGGGGGCCAACGACCAAUGGAAGAAGCUCAAGAGUCUUAAUCGGGUGCAGCAGGAGUUCCAUAUCACGUUAUGUCACCGAGCCAUGAUCAAGAGUGAAGAAGUUAAGCCAAUCUGGAACGACUUGCUAGAGUUAGACUUUGAGAAGGUUAAGGCUUCAAUAACGUUGAACAAGGUGGUUGUUCAUGACGAUACUUUGAUCUGUGUUGAGGUGACCAUCAACAGCUUCUCUCAAGAGGUUCCUGUGCCUCAGACCAUCACCCCACAUAUAACUGUGGGGACGUUUGCUUCCAACAUCAAGCCGGUGGAGCUGAAUAGCACCCUCAAGUUAGCACAGAGUGCGUGUGAGUCCAUAACGUUGGUCACCCUUGAUAACCAGCCUCUCACAGGAUUACCAUUGGCCAAAUACAGUCACUAG